AUGCCGUACGACGCCUCGCGCCACGGGCCCGACAAUCGCCCGCCGUCCGCCGAGCGCAUGGCCGCCAUGCUGCACCACGACAACUGGUACACGAUGCAGCGCUACGAGAACCGCACCACCUGGGUGCUCCUGGCCCUCAUCGCCUUCCUCGCCGUCGGUCCCGGCCUGCUGCGUCGUCUGCGCGUCGCCAGGCCGCAACUGGCAGCCCGGCUGGUCUCGCGCCUGCCUGGAUACUACGCUCUCGCCGCAUUCUGUCGGCGCAUUGGCUACGUCGAGCUCGGACACCUCGGCUUUGGUCUACGCAUGCCUGCGCUUGGAGCGACACUCGUCAUCGUUGUCUUCUCCGCCGGCAUGUUCAUCUGGUCGCUCGUCGUCAAGCCGUGGUAUAGGCCGUCGCGCGAGUGGGGAUCGCCUCCUCUUGCGAUUCGCACUGCGAUGAUUGCCAACGCCCUCAUUCCGUUUCUCUUCGCGCUGAGCAUGAAGGUCAACGUCAUCUCCUUUCUCACUGCACUCUCACACGAGCGCUUGCAGGUGUAUCACCAGUGGAUGGCGCGCUUAGUCCUUCUGCUCAGCGUGAUGCACACCAUUCCCUUCAUCUGGCAGCCGCUGCACGAUGCUGGCUACGAGAAUCUCAAGGCCUGGUGGGACUCUGAUGCGGUGACCAACUGGAGCGGCGUGGCGGCGCUGGCCAUCAUGGCCUGGAUGGUCGCCAGCUCGACUCGGGUCUUCCGCAAUAUGAGCUACGAGUUCUUUGUCAUUCAACACAUUCUCUCGGCAGUGUCCUUCCUCGGCCUCUACUUCUGGCACACCGCCAACGGGCUCAACUCGUGGAUCUGGCUCUGGGCCACCGUGGGCAUCUGGGGCCUCGCCACGCUGCUCAAGUGGUCUCGCUCGGCAGCUGCAAGCCAGUACUUUGUCAACAUGCGUGCGUCCGUCGAGGUCGGACGGGCAGAGCUCGGCGCCGGAGGUGGCGAAGUGGUUCGCAUUGCGUUGCGUACGCCCGUCAAGUGGGCACCCGGCUCGCACGUCUUUGUGCGCUUCCCCACCCUCGCGCCCUUGCAGAGCCAUCCAUGGACCAUCGUGACGCUCUCCUCUCCCUCUCCCCAUGCCGACUCUCAGCUCGUCCUCGUCGCUCGCGUGCGCGGAGGCAUUACGCGCGUGCUCCAUUCGCACGUCGAGACGCACGCCACCGACGAUGAAGAGACGCUGCUGCGUGCCGACGACGACGACGGCGAGCAAGGCGGCAAGAUGCGCACGAGCGCGUGUCUCGUGCCUGCCAUCAUCGACGGACCAUACGGAGCGAGCUCGGCGGUGGUGCAGGCCUUCGACGAGGUGGUGAUGCUCAUUGGCGGCAUGGGCAUCACAUAUGCCCUCCCGACGUUGAUGCAUCUGGCGAGCGCGCGCAGCAUCGUCACGCGCCACGUCUCGCUCGUAUGGACGGUGCGCGAUGCAGGUGCGUUUGUCUCGGAGCAGAAGAGUGGCUAG